AUGCUGGCGACUGCGCUGGCAGUGCUGUUGACCAGCACUCCAGUCUUCGGAGACUCUCUCCAGGACAUUGAGCAUGUGGUUAUCUUCAUGCAGGAGAACCGCGCGUUCGACAGCUACUUUGGGACUAUGGCUGGAGUCCGCGGCUUCCAGGACCCGAAUGUUCAGGUGAAUGCAGACGGGACAUCCGUGUGGUAUCAAUACGUCGAUUCGAGCAUGUCCAGCAAUGCCACUUUCUUGCUGCCUUUCUACCUAGGUUACAAGGGUGGCAGCUGGUCUGAUGCUAUUCAGUGCAUGGCGGCCGGUGACAACGGCUACCAGGCCAACCAGGCAGCCCUCAACCACGAGCUGAACAAUAUGUGGGCGCGGAACAACACCCCCUGGAGCUGGGGCCAUCUUAGACGGCAGGAUAUCCCCGUUCAAUUCGCUCUGGCAGAGGGCUGGACCUCAGGCGACAUGUAUCAGGAGAGUCAAAUCACCGCAACCAACCCUAAUCGUGUCACGCUAGUUAGCGGCUCCAUAAACGUCGCGGGUGGCCCGCAGACCCCGGAUCAGGGUGGAGUAUAUAUUGACAACAAUGAGGUGCCAGGCUGCGAGAGCAAAGAUGUCAAUUGCUACCCGCUCAAGUGGAAGACCAUCUACGAGUUUUACCAGGAUGCUGGAGUCGACUGGCAGCUCUUCCAGGGCAAGGACAACUUUGACGACAACCCGCUGGCCUGGUUCCAGCAGUACCAGAACGCUUCGAAGGAUUCUCCGCUCACCCAGCGAGGCAUGUCCUACGUUGGACUGGAUGACUUCUACAACCGAGCUGGCAAUGGAACGCUGCCCGAAGUCAGCUUCAUCGUUGGUCCCAUGGAACUGUCUGAGCACCCGCCGUACCAGCCCAAGGACGGCGGCUGGCUGCAGCAGCAAGUGGCCAACGCGGUUAUCAACAGCCCCAAAUACAAUAACACACUGUUGAUCAUCAGUUACGACGAGACGGGCGGCUGGGGCGAUCACGUCACUCCAUUUCAUUCUCCCAAGGACACGCCUGGCGACUGGAUGGAGGAUCCGUUGGGCAUGUUUGGUGAUAUCUUCGUGGGGCCUGGCUUCCGGGUGCCCUUCUACUUGAUCUCCCCGUGGACCCGUGGGGGCAAGGUCUUUACCGAGCGCGCAGACCACAAUUCCCAGAUCUUGUUCGUGGAGCAGUGGUUGGAAGCUCGUGGCUACAAGAACGUCGUGACAAAUGAGAUGGUACCGUGGCGACGUGCCCACAUGUCCAAUCUGCUGAAUGCAUUCGACUUCGACAACCCGGACUACUCUCUUCCCAACAUUCCCGUCGCUGCGACCCCCGUGACGAACAGCAAGGGUACCUACGUUGGCUCGGCUCAAUGCCAGGCCAAGUAUUCUUCGCAGCGCCCUCCUGUUCCAUACGGCGAGCAGGGUGAUGAGGAGUCUUCCCUCUGGUUCGAAGAAGGCUACAAGCAGGUCGUGGGCUACCUCACCGAAGGCCGCUAUCUGACUUUUGAGAAGGGCGGGUCCGCUCUGACGAACCCGGGCCGGGGUGAUAAUCUGUCUAGCAGCCCUGCGACUUCCAACCACGGCGCCAAGUCCCAGCGCUGGGUGAUUCACUACAACAGCGAUGAGGAGAGCCAGCAGUUCACCAUCUCGAGUGCACUGGAUGGCCGCUGGCUUGGAGCCGGUGGCAAGCUGCUUCCCAGUGACCAGUCGUCCAAUGCUGCGGAGGUGAAAGUGACUUUCCUUGGCGCUGGCCAGGGCUAUUCUCUGCAGUAUGUCGCGGGCAGUGCGUAUAUCGAUGUCUCCCAGGGCGGGUCUCUGAGUGUGUCUCAGACGCACAACGUGCCCGCGAAUGGCUUCGCAGUGUGGAGUGUGUCCUAUCGGGAUUAA